UAUAAAGAGAGGAGAAGGUGUGAACUUUGUUAUAUUUUGACAAACAGAAAUGGAUAUUAUCGCCUGGACUACGUGUGUUUUUUGACUCACUGGAUCCUUCGGCGAAGAGAUAUAACAUUUGACGAGUCCCGGUUAUCAUAUUCAGUAAAGGUUUGUUCAGGUGGAAGAUAAUAAUCAUCUAUAAAGAAGCGGGAGUUCAUUCAUUUGCACACCCUCAAACGCUAGUCAAUAUCUUUGAACACAAUACUGAUCAGAACCUCUAUUUAUUACGUGCAUAGAUCAGGUUUAGGGAGAGAUCGGUGGACUAUGAGUAUAGGUCCGCCCCAUCACCUUGGUGUUUCUCCGGUGACUGUCUCCAGCGCGGCCGCUAUGUCAGCCGUCCUCGGGUCCCCGACGGCCGGGUACUCUGCCGCUAGCUCCCACCACCAGCAACAGAGAACUCCAUUCGCUAUCCAAGAACUGUUGGGGUUGCGGCAAUGUGACAUGAAUCGUAUAGGGGGAUUCCGGCCUGGUUGCCCCUACUGCCGGCUAUAUGACCUGCUCUCUGCCUGCCCACCACGCUGCCCAGCUGAGCGACCCCCACGGGGCAAUGUACGCCUCUGCCUGGAGACACGGCUUCGUGAACCCCUACGCUGCGGCGGCGGCGGCGGGAGGAGCGCAUGGACAGGGCCUCUUGGCGAUGCACCAUGCCACACACGCAGCCACGGCCAGCUCGCACUCGGGUGAAUCUACAUCGGCUGCAGAUUGUGAUGAAGAUCUGUCCGACAGGCAUGGGACAGCCGAGAGAGGGACGUCUGGUAAAAAGAAGAAAAAGAAAAGAAGACAUAGAACAAUCUUCACGAGUCAACAAAUUGAGGAGUUAGAGAAGGCUUUCAAAGAUGCUCACUACCCAGACGUAUACGCAAGAGAGGUUCUGGCUCUGAAAACAAACUUACCAGAAGACAGAAUACAGGUUUGGUUUCAAAACCGAAGAGCAAAAUGGCGUAAAACGGAGAAGACGUGGGGUCGGAGCAGCAUUAUGGCGGAGUACGGAUUGUACGGCGCCAUGGUCAGGCACUCCCUACCGCUACCUGAUUCUAUUCUCAAGUCAGCGAAAGAGGGAGUGAUUGAUUCGUGUGCGCCAUGGCUUCUGAGUAUGCACAAAAAGUCGAUCGAAGCGGCAGAGAAAAUGAAAGAGGUGGAAGAACGUGAAGUAAGAUGUGAUUCUGCUAGUCCCCAGAGCAACAUGCGAGAAGAGUCCGUGGGCAGCCCAGGGCCGGAGCUUCCCGCAGGAGCCUCGCCAGCAAAGAAAAACAUAGCCGAUUUUCGCUCUGAAAGCAUUAAGAGUCUCAGAGCAAAGGCACAAGAACAUAGCGCAAAAAUGCGAGAAGCCAUCGGAGAGCGUGGCCCUGAAAAGGGCGGACUUGGUAGCAACCAUGGAAGUCAGGAUCUCAACUCCAGUGGUCAGAGCAGUUCAAGUGGAAGUGACGACAACGGAUGCGAUUCUCGUAAUAGCAGCCCUGUUGACGUCUGUUUAUGUGAUAACAUGCCUGUUACAAAUGCCUAAUGAUGGUAUUUUAUUAUCAAUUAUGAAGAAAAAAGUUUUGCUGAUUUAGAGGUUGCCUUGAUAAUGUUAAUUUUGAUUAGAACUUUGUGAGUUGAAUCAUGCUGCUGCACUAAACAUACGCAAUUUCCGCAUUUGUAUUAGCCUGUACAUUGCAAUAAUUUUAAAUUGUGAAAAUACUUCAAGCUAUCAGUUAUGAAGAAAAGAAGCAAAAUCAUGAUGGAAAGAAAAUUCAUUCAAACUACCUAACAGAACUUGUUUGGAUUAAGAAUCUCUUCACUUGCAUUACAAAGAUUUAAGUUGUUAUAUGUAUGAAUGGUGUAUCUAAUCUUUUGUAGGUUUCACAAGAAUGCAAACGUUAUCAUUUAACUACUGGUUAUUGUAAUUUUAUCGUUUUAUUUUUGUUUAUUGUAUAUUUAUUGUUUAUUGGUUUUUUUUUUAGUUUUUAAGUAUGAUCAUAAAGAAUUGCUCCCAGUUGUUAACACAGAAUAUGUUAGUUUCUUUAAUGUGUUUAACGAAGUUCAAUAUUGAUAUAUGGGUGUUUUAUUACUUUUUGACUUGACUGAGAUGUUAGACGAUAUAUAUUUAUUGCAGCUAUUCCUAAAUCAACGUUGUCGGUAAGUACCGUAUAAGGCACACAUUGUCUCAAAAGCUAUUAUUUUUCAAUUGCCAAAAAGAAAAAAACACUUUACAAACUGUUCUAUCGUUUGCUUUUCAGUGUGAGCUUAAUGUCUUUGUUACCAAUCUGACUAAGAAAAUACAAAUGAUGUUCAAACUUGAUAAAUGAUUUCUUGGAUCUGUUUGUUGGGUUUGUGCUUAGAGGGACAUGUAUUGAAAUAUAAAGUAGAAUAAAAUUAGGCAGGCCGUGGAUGCGUGGUGUCUUGACAACUUGAAUCUCCACCUGGUGUGGGACUUUGCGUUCUUUCUUUCUUUUUUAUCAAUUAUUCAAUUAAUUAGUACCAGCACGUUUUAUAGUGAAUACAGCUGUUUACCAUUUGAUAUUGUUCGUUAUAACGCAUGCCCGAGUAAAUAAACACAAAAUUGUGGCCUGUAUUUUAUUUGCUCAUUUUCUAUUUAAUAUCGAACUGUUGUACAUAUAUAUACAUAAAAUGAGUAACAUUGUACAUAUUCUAUACUAUUUUAUUUUAAAUAAAAUAUUUAUUUUAUGAAUGUUUUUUAUCAACAUGUUAGUUAUCGAAGAUAUUGUAAGGUGAGUCUUACUGAAAGGUGGAUGUAAAUGUACUGUGGA